UUCUUUAGAAGAUAAGGGCAUGCUCAAGCUGGUCCACUUGAAAACUUCUCUAUUUAAGAUACAGAUAAAGAAGACUCAUUAGACGGCUAAAAUAUCUUACAACAAGCAAUGGGGAAACAAAUUGCCAUUGUUGGAGCUGGAAUUAGUGGACUUAUUGCCUGUAAGUACUGCUUGUCAAAGGGUUUCAAUCCCCUUGUUUUUGAGUCUCAAAGCUGCAUUGGAGGAGUCUGGACUAAAACUUUCAAGACCACAAAGCUACAGACUCCGAAAGAAAUGUAUCAGUUCUCGGAUUUUCCGUGGCCAUCUUCGUUAACUGAGGAGUUUCCUAACCAAAAUCAAGUUUUGGAUUAUGUUCAAUCUUAUGCACACCAUUUUGACUUGGUUAGGCAUAUUAAAUUCGAUUCCAAGGUUGUUUCCAUUGAAUUUGAAGGCCCUUCCCAUGAAGAGAUACAGUCCUGGAGUUUGUGGAAUGGCAAUGGUUUGCCCUUUAGCUCUCAAGGGAAAUGGAAGGUCACGGUAGAGGACUUACAAAACAAUUCUAUAGAGGUUCACCGAGUGGAUUUUGUGACUGUGUGUGUGGGGAGAUUCAGUGAUGUUCCAAACAUCCCUGAAUUUCCUCCGAGCAAAGGUCCAGAAGCAUUUCAUGGCAAGGUGGUGCAUUCAAUGGACUACGCUGCCAUGGAUUAUGAAAGUGCUGCCAAAUUUGUCAAAGGGAAGCAAGUUACUGUUGUUGGGUUCCAGAAAUCUGCAUUGGACAUAGCAAUGGAGUGCUCAGCAGCAAAUGGGGUGAAAAUUCCAUGUACAAUUUUGUACAAGACUGAACAUUGGAAUGUACCUGAUUACUUUCCUUGGGGGUUUCCUAUGGCAUUUCUUUACCUUAAUAGGUUCUCAGAACUUCUGCUUCAUAAGCCUGGAGAAGGGAUUCUGCUUAGUCUCUUGGCAACGAUGCUUUCGCCACUGAGAUGGGGGAUCUCAAAAUUUGUGGAAAGUUAUAUCAAGAAUAAGCAUCCAUUGGCCAAAUAUGGAAUGGUACCAAAACAUAGUUUCCUUCAAGAAAUCAGUUCAUGCCUAACCUCGACAGUACCAGAAAAGUUCUAUGAGAAAGUUGAAGAAGGCAGCAUCAUUCUGAAGAAAAUUCAAAGUUUCAGCUUCCGUGAAGAAGGCAUUUUGAUUAAUGGUGAAACUGAACCUCGAAAGACAGAUUUGGUCAUUCUGGCAACAGGUUUCAGGGGUGAUAAAAAGCUAAAGGACAUUUUUGUGUCCCAAAACUUUAAAGACUGCAUAGGAGGUCCCUCCAAGGGAACAGUUUCACUCUAUAGGGAAAUCAUACAUCCCCAAAUACCUCAACUAGCAGUAAUUGGAUUCUCAGAAGGUCUUUCUAACUUGUACACUUCAGAAAUGAGAUGUCGGUGGCUAUUUGAGUUUCUGGAUGGAACGUUUAAACUACCUGAAAUAAAAGAUAUGGAAAAGGAUAUGGCAAAAUGGGUUGAAUGCAUGAAAAGAUACUCAGGCCAGUACUACAGAAAAUCAUGCAUAGCUAUUCUUCAUAUCUGGUACAAUGAUCAACUAUGUAAGGAUAUGGGAUGGAACCCCAGGAGAAAGAAAGGAUUGUUUGCUGAACUAUUUGAACCUUAUGGACCUUUGGAUUAUGUUUACAGUGGUUAAUUGAUUGACUAUCUUUAUGGAUUUUACAUUCAUUGCCUUCUAAUUUGUGUUUUUUAACCA